AGACAGAAACACCGCCCCUGUGGACUGUCCGCGGAUAUAAAGAGAACCGCUGUCUCCGGAAUCUAUUCUGUGAUGUAAAUAUACAGUAAGGAGUGUAUUGAAGGAUUCACUGUAUUAGGUCGAAUAAUCCAGACUUUUUCUUAUUUGAUCUUCAAACAUCAAUUUUCGAUCAUGGUUAAUAUAAAGUUAUCCGUACGCUGCACAAUUGGAAUCGAGUUUUUCGAGUUUUUGAAGGAAAGUGAAAGAGCAUCCAUUACAGACAGAUUGGAAUUAAGAGACAUUUACAACAACGAGUUCAGGACCAGGAAUGCAUUGUCCAGAGAUCCAAACUUUGGUUCAGUUCUCUAUGCCCUGAAGAUGUCCAACAAAAUAACAAGACGGAGGGACAAUAUCCGCUUCAACUCCACGGUCACAGCUAUUUUUCUGGACCAGUGGCAUUCACCAAAGAGACGCCAGCCAGAACCGGUCCUGAAUGGAGCGGCCGGUCCCGGGACAGUAGAGACCUUUACCUCUGCAGAUCAGGCAUUAACGGGAGUUCGAGCCCGAAGGAAACUUGCGAGUCUUCUGAUGACCAGCCUGAAGAAAAACAGGGCUAAAUUCAUCUCCGACAAACAUGGUGUCCGCAUCGACACUGACACUGAACAGUUCCAGAACGGGAAACUUUCCCUGCGCAUUGAUAACACAUGUGAGUGUGUGGUAAAUCUGAAGGUGGAAAACACUGGAACAGAACCAGUGUAUUUCACCUACUACACCCCGCUGCACUGGCUCAGGGACUUCACGCUGAAGGAUGAGCUCAACGUCACCAAGACAAACCCUCUGUGUCUAAAACCAGGUGCCAGCUAUAACAUCCAGGUUAACUUCCGCUGCAGUUUGGUUGGUUUCUAUCCAGCUACACUGGCCUUUGAGUUCAAAGCAGACCUGCAGUCCUCCGCUGCGUUCCACAUAGUGCGCUAUAUCGAAGCUCAGUGUGUAACUGCCUUAGGACUGGAGCUGGCUCCUGUAGCCCCCUACAAACCCCUCCCCCUCCCUGCCUGGACCCCCGAAGAGAGAUUCUUGAUUGAGGAUGGGCAGAAACCUGAAGGGCUGUCAGUGAUGCAGCUCAAAAAUGUGAUUGAGCUGAAACAGUAUAGAAUACCACCAUACAUGGCCCUGCUCAUCCAGUCACUGAAGCAGCUUUACUCCUGUGAUAAAGGAAGGGCCUUGCUGGAAAGUCCCCUGAGCUGGGAAAACUACACUGAGAAGUUUCAGCUGCUGCUGUAUCUGGAGGAGCUUCAGAUGGAGGUGGACAUCAAGAGAUACAACAUCCCCAACAACGAGAAGGAACACACCACCAUGUCCAGAGACAAGACCAACAAGAAGCUCCUCAUGCUGGAGGUGCCCGGUGUGGCUGAGAACCGCCCGUCUGUUCUCCGGGGGGAUUCCCUGCUGGUGUAUCCUGCCGGAGAAAAGAAGGUGAAGUACCGCGGUUAUGUCCAUAGUGUGCUUCUGGACAGCGUCAAACUCGGUUUCAGCUCAAAGUUGCUGGAUCACUUCAUAGAUAACAUGAAGUUCAAUGUUGAGUUCACUGUCAACCGGCUGACUGUGCGUGUUCAGCACCGAGCGGCAGAGCUGGCAGCUGUGUUCAAACUGGGAGAGGUGUUGUUCCCCGUGGCAACCGCUGACCCCACCCAGCAAACUGAGCUUCCCGACCUCAGGCUUUUUGACCGCAAACUGGAGGGAAACGAAGAGCAGUUGAAGGCCGUUCAGCACAUUGUGAAUGGCUCCUCCAAACCGGCCCCUUACCUAGUGUUUGGCCCACCUGGAACAGGCAAAACUGUGACUGUGGUGGAGGCGAUCAAGCAGAUAGAGAAGAUGCAAGCCACCUGCCACAUCCUGGCCUGCGCUCCCUCCAACAGCGCUGCUGAUCUGCUCUGCAUGAAGAUCCUGCAGCACGUGGAAAAGCACAAAGUGUUCCGCAUGUACGCCAGCAGCCGCAACCCAGACUAUGUCCCAGAAGAAGUCAAAGCAUGCUCUAACCUGUUAGUGGAUAGUUACCUUUAUCCUGCUAAAGAGAAGCUGAUGGAGUAUAGGAUCAUGGUCACCACUCUGUUAACAGCUGGAAGGCUGGUCACAGGAGACAUUCCUGGCGGUCAUUUCACUCACGUGUUUGUGGACGAGGCAGGACACUCUGUGGAGACCGAGAGCUUAGUCCCAUUGGCAGGGCUCCUCAAUGCAGCGACUGGUCAGGUUGUUCUGGCAGGAGACCCCAAGCAGCUCGGCCCCAUCCUCAGAUCCCCUUUUGCGAUGAAAUAUGGCAUGGGGUUCUCCUUCUUGGAGCGCAUGAUGAAAGAUUGCUCUCCCUACCAGAAGGUCGAAGGCGAGUACGACAAUCGCUUUGUCACCAAACUGCUGAAAAACUACAGGUCCCAUCCUGCCAUUCUGGAGGUUCCCAACGAGCUCUUCUAUGAGGGAGAGCUGCUGUAUUGCGCAGAUGAAAUUCUACGCAACAGUUACUGCGGAUGGGAAUACCUCAAGAAUAAGAACUUCCCGGUGCUGUUCCACGGUGUGACCGGUGUUGAUGAGCAGGAGGGCAACAGCCCUUCAUUCUUCAAUGUAGCAGAGGUGGAGGUGCUGAUGGACUAUGUGAGGAAGCUGAUCCAGACGCAGGGCAAGAAGGGCCUGGCCACCAUCUCCCCCAGUGACAUCGGCAUCAUCGCCCCCUACAGGAAACAGGUGCAGAAAAUCCGCAGGGCCCUGGAGAAAGUUGCGAAAGAGCUUAAAAUACACACUAUGAAAAGUCUAAAGGUCGGUUCGGUGGAGGAGUUCCAAGGCCAGGAGAGGAGAGUGAUCCUGGUGUCUACGGUGCGGAGCAGCCCCGAUUACGCAGAGGUAGACAAGAAGUUCAACCUCGGCUUUGUGAAGAAUGAGAAGAGAUUCAACGUGGCUGUGACUCGAGCCAAAGCCCUGCUGAUCGUGGUGGGAAACCCCAGAGUGCUGGACGCCGAUGCUACCUGGGCCCGGUUCAUAAAGUACUGUCGAGAUGAAGGAGGCUACACCGGCUAUGAGCACAUGGAGGAAGACGAUGAUGUGGUGUUCAGACUCUCUGCCCUCUACAUCGACAUUGGUAUUCAAGUGGAGACAGAAGAGAGCGCUGUUCAGCAGCUUCUGGACCCCGAGUGGAGGAGCGACCUGUGAGGAGAGCGCAAACCUCCCUCCUGAUACAUUUUGCAUCGAGGUUUGCAAAUGACAUGUGCCUUUUAAUCCCUUCAAGAAAUCUCAGUUUUUAUUGGUUUAUGUAAACUUUAUGAACUCGACCAAAUGUGAGAAAGGAGCAGCUGAUAAAUGUUAAGAGCAGACCAAUUAUCUAAGCUACCUCGGUGGACUGCACUCAUUCCACUUAACUUGAAACAGCUUGUAAUAUUCACAACAAAUGAUUUGGAGACUUAAUUUGUUAGUUUUAAAUGUAUUGAGAUGAAAAUAUUGGAAAAUAUUAUUUUUAUUGACUGAGUCUCAGGGUUGUUUUUGUUUUUACUUAUCUCAAUCAUCACUGCUUUUAGAAUAAUGAUUAAUUCUUUAAUCAAUACAAUACUGCCUUUAAACAUUUUUCUAACGAAAUUUAAAAUGUUAAUGGUCAUUUUUGAAACUGUAAUACAUUUUCUGAAAAAUCGGAAGUUUUCUUAUGUAAUCCAAACAAAAGUCAUUGUGCUAUUCAGAAAGUUAUACAAACCAUGCUGGAACAUGAAUGUAAAUGCAAUUAUAAAAAGAUUAAAAACUUUGAAAGAU